AGGUGAUCCACCCGUCUCGGCCUCCCAAAGUGCAGGGAUUACAGGCAUGAGGCACCGCACCCGACCACCACCUAAACUUUCCAUGGCCACACUGUUACAGAUCCUUAUUCAGGGUAGUGGGGACAUAAAAACAACCUUGUUCACUCAGCACUGGGCACCAAACUAUACACUGUAUACUCAUAGAAGCAGAGGCUAUGACUUUUAUUUAUUUAUUCAUUCAUUCAUUCAGCAGAUAGUAGUAUCUGAUGGUGGGCUGGAUACUUCUUAGGUACCACACUGGGCCUAUUGCAUCAUGGGCACAUAGUAAAAGUUCCGUAUGUCCAGGAAUGAUGUAAAGCCAACAGUGGAAUAAUGCGAGCAACUGUUUUUCGAGAAGAAAUAGACUUUACCAGAAUGCCAAAAUGGGCUGCUAAAGGAAGGGCAGCCCAUCAGUGCUGUCACCAGCUCCUGAAACCCUGGGGCUUGUUUACUCCCACCAUUGCAGUGGAGAACGUGUCUGAACCUCCUGCUUGGCUUUACCCGCCACAUUAGCUCCUUCGUUGUUUCAGUUUAAGUAGCUUGGGUAAUGUGCAGAGAAUUUCUUUGCCUUGUAUUAUUUAUGCUGAGAAUCAGCUGGUUGGGUGGUAAGUUCCUAGGGAGAAGCUAAUGGGAAGGUGAUCUAUACAGUGUGAUAGAAGACAAUCAAGCUUUCUUGCUGCAUCUUUUCUUCCUUCAGAACUUCAGCCUCUCUUCUCCCUUCCGACUCCCAUUAGGAUAUUCCGAAGUGAAAAAAAGGCCAAGAGGAGAGAAUGAGAUCUAGCAAAAUUGUAAACAAAGGAACAGAGCCACAAACCUGUUUUACAUUCACAUAAAAUGUUACAUUGAUUGAUUAAACAGUUUAAAAAUAUCUUCAUAUGUAUGGUACCUUUGAUCAUAAAACCAGGUCAUAUUAAGGUGACCUCUAUUGAAGAGUUCUGUUUAGGGUCACUGUGUGCCAACCACCCUCAUUAAAAUAGUCACAGAUGUAGGUAGAGGAAACCAGAUAAAAGGAAGAUCUCUAUCUGCUUCCCCCUAGCAAUCCUUACCUAGCAUAACUUAAGGACAGCCAGAUGGAAGAGAUACAUGGGGCAAGGUGUGGGGAAGCAGCAGAGCUUCUCUCCUCUGGGAGCGCCACCCUCCCAGCACCUCCAUAUGUUCAGCAACCCAGAAAUUCCCCUAAACUCUAUCCUAUUGAGUUUUUAUGGAGGCUUCAUUUCAUAGGCAUGAUUGAUUUGAGCAUUGACGACUGGUGAUUAUCGAAAUCCCCAGAUCCUCUCGUUUCCAAGGGGUUGGGGCUGGAGCCGGAAGUUUCAGCCUUCUUAUUGCAUGAUGGGUUCUCCAGCAGCCAGCCCCACACCUGUCACAUUAGCUUGCAAAAGACACGUACCACUUCAGAGAGUCAGAGUUUUCGGAGCCCUGUGCCAGGAAAUGGGGGCAGAGACUAAUAAUAGAUUUAUUAUUAAAAGUCACAAUAUCACAGGCAGUUUCUUUAAAAACUAAACAUUCACUUACUAUACAACUCAGCAAUUUUACUGUUGGGCAUUUAUCCCAGAGAAAUAAAAAUAUAUUCAAUACAGAAAUGUCUAUAGUUUUAUUCACAGUGCCACAAAUUGGAAGGAAAGAACUUAAAUGUCCUUCGGCGGGUGAACAGUGAAACAAAUUACGCAUCCAUGUCAUGGAAUACUACUUGGCAGUAAACAAGAGCAAACUGUGGGCAUGUGGAGCAACUUGGUCUCAGGGCAUUGUGCUGAAUGAAAAGCCUUAAGAUGUCACGUGAACGAUUCCAUUUAGGUAACAUUCUUUAAAUAGCAGAAUCAUAGAAAUGAAACACAAAGGAGUGGUUGCCAGAGGUUAGGAGUGUUGCAGUGUGCGGAGGUAUGUGAUGGUCAGAGAUAACAUGAAAGAGAACUCUGUGGUGAUGGAAUAGUCCUGUAAGUUGAUAGAGGCUGUUGUUACAGGAAGCCGCCCAUGUGAUGAAAUGACAGAGACCCGCACACACGCGUUGCAGCAAUGUCAGAUCCCUGGUUUUACUCCUGUACUGUAGUCACGUAACAUGAUAACUGGGGAGACGGUGAGGGAGAAUUCUAAGCAGAAGGCUCACGUGGCUUCCUGCCUCCUACCAUGCCACCCCCACCGGAUGCAUUAAACUUACAGUCUGAGUCAGCCUGCCUCUGUCCUCAUCCCUCUGUCUGUCUGUCUCUUUCCCUGCCUCCCUCCCUGCCUCCUCACUGUUUCACAUGGUCAUUAUAAAAGAGAAACCUCAAAAAUUAGGAAAUGCAGAUAAAUUGAAAGGAAAAAUUUUAAACCAUGAGGUUGUUUCUUUCUUAUUUAAAUAUGGUGAUUCCCUUGGGCCCGGGCAGGAUCUGUAGCCCGCAGCCUUUGAGUUCUGGACCCAUCCUGUGAGAUUUUUAGGGUUCAAAGUAGAAAGAUUUGGUCCCACUUUCUGCUUCCAGUCCUGUCUGGUACCCGCUGCCUAAUCUUUUCUGGCUAAUCAUUGUGCUUCCCAGUAAUUAUGUUUACCAUUUUCUGACAUAGGGAUUAACAACAUAGGCUCUGCACUCAGAGUGCCUAGGUUUAAGUCUUGACUCCACUACCUCCUUAGUAGUUCUUCAGUCUCUUUGUGCCUCAGUUUCUUCAUUUGUAACUACCACCUAUCUCAGAAGCCAUGGGAAGGAUUAAGGGCCGUGGUAGGAAGCACUCACUGACUCUUGGAUGUCAUUAUUUAUGGUCAUUACUUGGUGUCUCUACUGCAUUUUGUUUAUCCGCUGCCGGUUCCGUGCCUGCCCAUCAGUGUGCCUUGUGCCUGUUCUGUAGAUUUUAUUUCACAGUCUCUUGGUUUUGGUGGGUGGCACACUGCCCUGAGAGGACGGGGACGUGAGAAGGAUUCUGAGCCCUUUAGUUGUCUCUAGUGCUACAUCAUGAUUGUCAUCAUUGCUGUAAACCAAAAAGUAUCUGAGACAAGUCUUAGUCGAUUUAGAAUGUGUGUUUUGCUAAAGUUAAUGACGCACCCAUGACACAGCCUCAGGAGGUCCCGACAACGUGUGCCCCAGGGUGGUCGGGGUACAGCUUGCUUUUAUACACUUUAGGGAGACAUGAGACAUCAAGCAAUGUAUGUAAGAUGUACAUACAUUUAUGUUCGGUCCAGUAAGGUGGAGCAAUUCGAAGUGGGUGGGGGGUUUCCAAGUCAAGUAGGUAAGAGACAAAAAGCUGCAUUCUUUUGAGUCCUUUAUCAGCCUUCUAAUGAAUACACAAUUGUGUGUGACUCAGUGAACCUACAUUUUUACAUGAACAAUAGGGUAGAGGAAGCAAUCAGAUACGCAUUUGUCUCAGGUGAGCUUCAGAGGGAUGACUUUGAGUUGUGUCUGUCCUUUGUCCAUAAGGAAUUUUCUUGUGGGCAAAUGGUGAGGAAGGGAUGUGGGUUGUUAUCUUUGUAGCUAUCUUAUUUAGCAAUAAAAUGGGAGGCAGGUUUGCCUGACGUAGUUUCCAGCUUGACUUUUCCCUUGGCUUAGUGAUUUAGUUUCCUUUUGCAUUGCUAACUCAAUCACAGGAGACAGGAGUGUGGACUGAUUAUAGCAAGAAUGCCAAAGUAUGUAACAGCUUCCUUAGUCAUGGUAGAGAUUGAGAAACGUCAGCUCACCUAAGCUUUGAGGUUAGCUGGAGUCCAGUAGAAGAGUUAUAACUAAGCACCCGCCCUUGUCUGUUUCCACUGGUGCCCAUUCAUUGAAGCUGAGAUUGGACUGUGACUAUGUACCAGUAGCAAAGAUGAUGGAAGUCAAACAUUGCUGUUAGUUUUAGGGGCUCACGGCCUGCUGGGGAAGGGACCCAUCGGCCAGGCAGGGUUCAAAUGCUCCUCAGAGUGUGCCAGCAGCCUCAGCCUCAGGGAGAGCUUGUCAGGGGGUGUUUUACAAGGUCUCCAAAAGCCUCUUAUGCCCUUCAGAGUGAAAAGCACGGCAUUGGUGAUGAAGUCUUGUGGCAAAUAUGCAAGGCACAUGUGGAUAUUUCCUUCUCUUGGAGACUUAGGAGGUAGCCCCUGUCUCCUAGUGCAGUGUUUAUAGCAUAGUCCACUGGGACUGCUGCUCUGACAGACUGUGUCACUGCUUUGGGAAUGUUUUUUGGAACUUCCAGAAAGCCUCAGUAAAUCCUGACUGCCAUGUAACUGUGUCCUGUGCUGCUGAGCUCUUAACAUGAAGCAGCCGCAGUGACCCUGGCGGGUCGGGCUGACGUGCGUGGGAACGGUGGGAGUGACCCUGGCUGGGAAGCAGGGAGGCCUGGAUAUUGUUUCUCCUGGCUCUGUGUCCUGCGGCUCUUGUCCCUGUGCUCAGAGCUCUCAAGCACCCACGAUGGCCUUCUCAGGCCGAGCGCGCCCCUGCGUUAUCCCAGAGAACGAAGAAAUCCCACGAGCGGCCCUUAACAGUGUCCCCGAGGCCAAUGGGACCGAGGACGAGAGGGCUGUCUCCAAACUGCAGCGCAGGCACAGUGACGUGAAAGUCUACAAGGAGUUCUGUGACUUUUAUGCGAAAUUCAACAUGGCCAAUGCCCUGGCCAGCGCCACUUGUGAGCGCUGCAAGGGCGGCUUUGCACCCGCUGAGAAGAUCGUGAACAGUAACGGGGAGCUGUACCAUGAACAGUGUUUCGUGUGCGCUCAGUGCUUCCAGCAGUUCCCAGAAGGACUCUUCUAUGAGUUUGAAGGAAGAAAGUACUGUGAACAUGACUUUCAGAUGCUCUUUGCCCCUUGCUGUCAUCAGUGUGGUGAAUUCAUCAUUGGCCGAGUUAUCAAAGCCAUGAAUAACAGCUGGCAUCCAGAGUGCUUCCGCUGUGACCUCUGCCAGGAAGUUCUGGCGGAUAUCGGCUUUGUCAAGAAUGCUGGGAGACACCUGUGUCGCCCCUGUCAUAAUCGUGAGAAAGCGAGAGGCCUUGGGAAAUAUAUCUGCCAGAAAUGCCAUGCUAUCAUCGACGAGCAGCCUCUGAUAUUCAAGAACGACCCCUACCAUCCAGACCAUUUCAACUGUGCCAACUGCGGGAAGGAACUGACUGCCGAUGCACGGGAGCUGAAAGGGGAGCUGUACUGCCUGCCAUGCCAUGAUAAAAUGGGGGUCCCCAUCUGUGGCGCUUGCCGACGGCCCAUUGAAGGGCGCGUGGUGAACGCCAUGGGCAAGCAGUGGCAUGUGGAGCAUUUUGUGUGCGCCAAGUGUGAGAAACCCUUUCUUGGACAUCGCCAUUAUGAGAGGAAAGGCCUGGCGUAUUGUGAAACCCACUAUAACCAGCUGUUUGGUGAUGUUUGCUUCCACUGCAAUCGUGUUAUAGAAGGUGAUGUGGUCUCUGCUCUUAAUAAGGCCUGGUGUGUGAACUGCUUUGCCUGUUCUACCUGCAACACUAAGUUAACACUCAAGAAUAAGUUUGUGGAGUUUGACAUGAAGCCAGUCUGUAAGAAGUGCUAUGAGAAAUUUCCACUGGAGCUGAAGAAAAGACUUAAGAAACUGGCCGAGACCUUAGGAAGGAAAUAAGUUCCUUUAUUUUUUCUUUUCUAUGCAAGAUAAGAGAUUACCAACAUACUUGUCUUGAUCUACCCAUAUUUAAAGCUAUAUCUCAAAGCAGUUGAGCGAGAAAAGGACCUAUAUGAAUGGUUUUAUGCCGUUUUUUAAUUAAAAAAGAAAAAUUCAUAUAAUCGUGUUUAAAACACAGAUGAAGUCAGUAUUCACCUUUGUUAACCCUUAUCCAUUUGUUGACAUGUAGAUUGUUUACAAAAAAAAACACAUGGUUAAAUGUUAAAUUUUAAUUAGGGCCCCCCCAAAAUUAAAUAUAACUUUUUAAAAUGAAAGGAGUCACCUUCUACAUGACUCAGGUGAAAACACAGUAUAAACAUUAAUUUACUUUGUAUUCAAAGGAAAAUUCCAACUGCUAUUGGGGAAGGACACAGAAAAAAUAACCACCCAAGAAAAACAAAAACAAGAAAAAUGAAUCUUAUACGAUCUUAGUAUAUUUAUCAAACGAGUAGCUAUAAAGUGAAUAUACCCAUUACUAAGACAAAAAACAAGUGUAAUUCAGAACUACUUGAUUUUUUUUUAGUUAAAUGCAGUAAUUAUUAUGCUUAGUUUUAUAACCUGCUCUCCUUGUGAAUUCUUCCUUCGAAUGAUUGUGUAACACAGUAGGAAUAGCUAGCUAGUAGGAUGUCUUUUAAAUUUUUGUGCAAAAACAUUUAUACCAGGCAUUUGAAAAUAUACUUUACAAUAUUGGAAAAUGAAGUAUUUUUAAUGUAUUACAGCAAUUAUGUUUCUAAGCUUAAUGUUAAGCAUGUAAUCUUAGAAUAGGACAUGAAAUUAAAUUGUAUGUAGCUUGGAAUGUCUUGCUUCAGAAAAGUGAAUGUGUAUGUCCGUCAUAUUGCCUUUAUAACCAUGCUGAUAUCUAUGCUUUAUACAUAUUCAAACUUGCCUUGCCUUAAAAAAAUACAUACUGCAUACUUAAAUCAGGAAUUGUAGCCAUCUCACAGAAUACCAACUAAAACUAAGUGCAUUGAGAUCUGAGAUUGGUAAACCCAGAUUCAUUUACCACAGCUGUAAUGAAGUUUUUAAAAACUCUCUUCUCCUUUUUUGGGGGAAAUCCAUUCUUAAUUUCUGUCAUCUUAGAAGAAAGUGAUGUUGAUAGGUGUUUCAGAUUUUCCGUUUCAAAUCUUAUAAUUAAUUGGAUUUAUUUACUACAAGUAGGAGGUGUAAAUGACACUCUUAAAUUGGAAGGAGGAGUGUUUUAGUGUCUGUUUUAGGUCAAAAUUAGUGCUUCUACUUUUAUCAAAAGUUUUAUCCUGAAGUUUCAGGACCACUCUUCCUUAAUAAACUUGUUAAUGUAAAGCGAGCUUUAUGAACAUUU